ACUUUCUCCCUCCAACCUCCAGUCUCCACCAGCGACCCACGCGCUUGGCACUCAAAAUCAAUGCUUCCCAUUAGCCGGAGCUGUUUCUCAUGCAGCAAGAGCAGCAGCAGCAGCAGCAUCAUCAGCAGCAAAUUCCUUGCCGGCAAAGCUGGUGGUCGUGGUGGUGCAUGACGCCGGCCGCGCGUGGCUGCGGCCGAAGGGGGCCGCGUGUUGGUACGGCACGAGUCAAAGGAGAGGGGAGGGGGGUGGACACGGGCUCCAGAGCGUUUGACAACGACAGCGAAGAAGUCAAUUUAUUGACGUAACGCAAGACCAGGCGUCAUCGGAGGAGGAGGAGGAAGGAGGACGUGGAGGAGGUUCGAGCGAGCCACUGGCCGGAGAUGUUGUUGGAGCGACGCGCGUGCCACAUGGAUACCGUUCAGAACGUGCGCGCGUAACUUCUUAAAUCAUCAUGACAGCUUCGUAAAUAAACAGGGGGGGGGGGGGGGGGAGGGCCACUUCUGGAAAUUCGCUCGGCCCCGGGGGCGAGAGGCUCCAUUACUUGAGCGCGACCGUGACGCAGCGAGGACCUCAGACGCUCGCGAGUUGAGCUCGGGAAGAGGCAGACACACGCAGAGAGAGAGAGAGAAAGAGGAUUUGAGAAAGCGGAAUCUUCCCGCCAUGGAAGUGAGCUUCAAGAUGCCGGCUGCGGACAUCGCGGCGCUGGGGAACAACAACCCUCGCAUCCAGACCCACGUGCUGGGGGCCUACAGCGAGGGGCCGCUGCACAGCGCCGUACAGGAGAUCAGCAUCGACCUGCACGGCUUCAAGAAGGCGGUGGACAAGAAGGUGGAGGAGAUGGCCCGUCAGAUGGGCCCGCUCAUCAAGAUGAUCAACGACCUCCGGGACGAGAACAUGAGGCUGAGGGCCGAGCAGACUCGGCUCGCCGGUCGCGUCGAGAUGCUCACCAAGUUGCUCGGGGUCGAUGAUCGCGCCGCCGCACCGCUCGCCACGGUGGCCGCGGCGGCUCCCUCCGCCGCCGCGGCCACCGCCUACGAGCGCCCGACGUCGGCGGUGGCCGUAGCCCUCGACGGCGCCGGUUCGCAAAAGUCGGCGUUCAACACCACGCUGAAGAUCAAGCUCGAGACGGAGCCUUCCAAGAGCAGUAAUCAGCCCCAAGAAGACAGCGUGAACAUCACCUACAGAGAGGCGGUGGUGGCGGGCGUGCCAAAAGCCGAGCCAUUCGAUACAAACGACGUGGACGAAGAGGUCCUUGAGAGGAUGCUUGCGCAGGCCACAGACUUUGAGGAGAGGAGAGGAAUUCGCACGGCGAUUAGAAACCUUCGAAAAAAGGCCAGAGGUGUGCAGGGAAGUGUCUCAACGGAUGACACUCUGUAUGAGGAAAGUGUCGCAGAAGAACAGAGGGAGAGCAUCCAUGAGAGCAAAUCCACAGACAGCAGCCGGGGCCUGCAGAAGGACGUCGUUGUGGAGAAGCUCGCGGCCGCUGGGGACAAGGGUUUCAGCAAAACGGAAAAAGUGAUCUUCGGCGAUUCCACAAGAUCGGUCAAGGUCGUUCAGAAAACCAUUUCCACAGGCAACACGAUGAAAAAGUCUAUACUCUCGACGGUGGAAUCCAACUAUUCGGGAAUCAACGAAAAUACAAUUGCAAGGACCUCCAACAAAUCGGUGACGUUCAGCACCGCAAGCGUCUUGAACAUUCCAGCGACGAGUGGGGAGGGUGCUGGCACCCACACGACGCCGUCUCCCUCCUUCAAGACCCCCCCCGGGAGCCAGGAGAGGCAGAUGGGGGGCCGCUUGGAGCUCAUGAGAUCCCAGUCGCUGCCCCGCACGCCCAAUACCCAGUCUCGAAAAGCGCUCUUCCAGAAACUGGAGCAAGACGCCAGCUGGCAAUCGUCCUUAAAGGAGAAGAAUGCCGCAGUCAACAGCGGCGGCGGGGUCCCGGCCGGCGGCAAGGCGGCGCCACUGCAAAGAUCGGCGAGCGCCUCCCUGCCCGACGCCACCACCAUCAAACAGACCAUCCUCGACUGGGUCAGGUCAAAGACCGACAGAUACGAGAAUGUGACUAUCAAGAACUUCUCGUCCAGCUGGUGCGACGGCAUGGCGUUCUGCGCCCUCGUGCACAGCUACUUUCCGGAGGCGUUCGACUUCGCCAAGCUGAGUCCGCAGAACCCGCGGCACAACUUCCAGCUCGCCUUCACCUGCGCCGAGCAAUUGGCCCACUGUGACCCUCUCCUGGACGUGGACGACAUGAUAAUGAUGGGGAAGAAGCCGGACUCCAAGUGCGUCUUCACGUAUGUACAGUCUCUGUACAACAAACUGAGGCGGCUCGAGAGGAUGAUGGAGAAGGCACAGCAGCAGCACUAGCAUCGCCAGGACUUCGUCUCCCACGCAAACAUAUUCCGGAACGCUGCUUAGGGCCGGCUUGGCGUUAAGAAAUCAUUGGCGUAAGGCACUACCACCAGAGUGCAACGUGCACAUUGCAAUGCAUUACAAUCCUACAUUGCUCGGCCUAUAAUCCUAUGAGGACAAAAUAAGGUGAUGCGGAGCCGCAAUAAUUCCCCGAGCAGCGUUCCAGAGCGGCUGAAAUUAAGGACUGAGCGUUGCAUAUUGUGACAUUCUCGUCUUAGCCUAUGAAUGCCACCUUUGGGCAGAGCAGCAGCACAGUGGUUAGCACACUGCACUGUGAGCCUGACGACCUUACGAGUUCGAUUUCCCAGCCACGGCUAGCAUCAGUGGCAGGCGAUAUUUGUAACUGCGGUCACAUGACAAUCUCCCACUUUCAUUCACUAACCCGCACUAGACCGGCUUGGCGAAGUGUGGUCAUGUACCCCCCCCCGCCCUCCAUGACUAAUACUACAUGGGGAAGCCUUCAUCCAGCAGUGGAUUGAUAAGGACUGUACAUGUUUUUAAUUAUUAUUUCGUGUUUCUUCACAUUUUUCUCGCGAUAAUAAAUAUGCUGUAGCCGAUAGGGGUUAGUUAAUUUUUAAUGCAUACAUAGAAUCGUCAAAAACAAUUUUUACGUUUUAUAUUCUAUGCAGGCACAGAAUGUGGGUAAAUUUAAUCGUAGAAUUAUAGAAACAGCUCCACAAAAAGGUUGUGUCAUGGGCUAUGAAUAAUUUCACUGACUUAUUGCUGGCACAAACAAAAAGCUAUAAUCCCUUUUUUUACGUGUGAAAAUGCAUGCAAUAUGUAAUUAUUUACUUAAAAAUUACAGCAGAAAUAACGGCAGACACUCUCUUAAACAUACCUGCAUGCAUAGGAAAUGUUAAUGGAUAAUCACGUAAAAGAGUAUUUUAUUUGACGAAUAACGAAUCUAAAAUUUUCAUAUGAAACACAUUUUUUAUGGUCUCUGGCAUUAAAUGUGCUACAUUUAUUGUUAAAGAAAAAAGUUGUUCCUCCCAAACUGUGGGUCAAUAAUGUUGACUUUUACUUAGUUCGGGGUAGGCUGAUAUCAUAUAAAGAAUGAAUCUGGUGUGAAAUGUAAUAGGUUUUGUUAUUGCACUAUAUUUAAAUGCAGCAGUUCGUAUCUUUCUUCACUGCCUAUGGAAUGGAUUCGUAUCAGAAACAGUCUAGGCACAACCGUUUGUCAGUGCUUAAAUUCUGUUAAGCGCCAUCCAUCCUAUGGCCCACUUUCAUUUGGUUGGGAUGACACAAAUAAUAAUCCAGUGCCACUCUUUCAGAGUCUACCUUUGCCAUUGAACAACAUGAAAACAACAUCGAUGGUUAAUAAAUCUCAUGAUGAUUUUCGUAAAAAAACACGAUUGAAAUAUUCAGAUGAAAAUGUGUUCUUAUUUGUAGAUUCCCCCCCCCCCAUGUUUUAUUGAAUUUGAGCUGUCGGUCUCAGUGGGGGAGGGGAAGAAGAAAUGUCCACGAAGAGCCCCUGCAUAGCAGGCACGAGUUAGAGAACGGCCUGUGGAACGUGAUGUCACAGAACUCCUUCUUAGAUCCCUUCCAAGUGACCUCUCAUGUCAGCCAAACAAAAAAAAUGUCACGCUCAGACCUGUGCUCAAUGAAGAGAAUUGUCAAAUUUGUGCAUCGCUGCUGAGUCACACUGAGAUCAUCAACUCACUAAACUUGAGAACUCGCUUGAGUCAUGCGUGGCUGAAACCCAGAUAAAAAAAACACAUUGAUCUCAGGAGAACUGGCUCGGUGUCUCUGACCACAGAACAUCCCGGCCACCUCUGAAAUCAACGUCCAGCCAAUGAUCAAAUCAUGCGUGUUACAAUCGGUAAUUUCCAAAUUAUUGAUUCAUGUGAUUGGUGCACAGAAACAUACAACUUCUUACGGAUUAUAUGCCCACCCUGGGUAAACAAGCACAAUAAUAAUAAUGAUAUGCACCGCACGGGGACAGGAGAAAUGAUUCGUGAGUUGAAUCGUGACCCUGAAUUGUGGCAAUUCGUAGAAUCCUGAAUGGGGGGCGGAGGGGGGGGUGAAUCAUAAUCUGACCUGGUGCUGGGCCACCAAGUGACCUCUCCAAACUAGCGUGGUGAAGUACGGUCAAAUGACCCCCACGACUGACGCUGGCGUGGGGGGGGGGGCUCAGCCAUCAGUGGAUUGACGAAGGGCUGCAAAUGUGUCAUUGUGAAUUAUUUCCGACAUCAUUGUACACACGCAGAGUUUAAGCACUGACCUUUUGUGCGUGCGAGGGGGUGACGGGUUUGUAAAAGCGACAUCAGUAGAGCGUUUUGUGUGUUCCAUUUUCAAUAUGUUUACGACACAGGUAUAUUACAAUGCCACUUUGUAUUAUUUGCAUUACUGUAUUAUGGUCACUUGAAUAAGAGCAAAUAAAAUAUAUUGUUUAAA